CCCUUUUCCCCUCAAAACACCAACAGACAAACCACACCAGAAAGUGGUGAACCAAGCAGCCACCAGAGGCCGAGCAGCAAAGCCGGGCUAAACUGUGCCGCAAACUGCUUAAAUGCUCUCGCUUAGGCUGACGCUACGUGAGGCCACUCUAACCGCUCCAAGAAGUACCAUCCGUGCCACGGUCCUGUCUUGAGUGACAUGCCCGCCAUCGUGAACCGCCCAACUGGCACCGGACAGCCCCCUUGCGAGUAAGAAUCUCUGACUCUCUCUAGGUAGGCGGCUUGCCAACGCCGAGGCGCGCUGUGGACGAUAAUACGAACUUGUCUUUUGCCUUGGGCCCUUGGCUCCGCGUCGUUCGAUGAUUUCACGGCCGAGAGGAUCCGGGGUUGACUCCACCCCUUUUGCGGCGCGGACGCAGCUGAUGCCUAUGGGCAAUUUCCCGGAUCCUCGACCUCCCAAAGAGCACAUAAUGGCCGCGAUGCCCCCCCUAAACUCGCACCGGACUCUCAGGUUUUCCCUCUUGCUCCCUCACCGAUCCCAGUCACUCUUUUAAUACUAUCCGGAUCCGAAAAAAAAACUCCACCAAAAAUGCGUUACUUCUCCGUUGCCCUCGCCCUCGCGGCCCCUCUGGUUUCCGCCAUCGAGUUCACCAGCCCCUCGGCCAACUCCACCGUCGCCAAGGGCAAGAGCUACGAGCUGUCGUGGAACACGGUCGACACGGACCCUUCGACCUUCAGCGUCUUCCUCGUCAACUUUGUCAACUGGCCUCCUUCCUACGUCCUCUUGGCCCAGGACCUCGAGACCGCCGCCGGCUCUGCCUCCAUCGACGUUCCCUGCUCCACCCUCAACUCUGAGGGUUACCAAUUCAACGCCAUCAACGGCACCAACGUCUACGUGAUCUACGCGCAGACGCCCAAGUUCUCCGUCACCGGAUCCGACUGCACCGAUCCCACCACGCUGCCCCCGGCUUCGCCCUCCACCUGCGCGCCGCCGAGCACCGUCACUGUCACGGUGAGCAAGACCCUUUCCAAGAACUCCACCGCGACGGCGACGGGCGGUUUCUCGGCGGCCCAGAGCAGCUUCAUCACGACCACCGCCGCCGUCCCGGCCACCACUCCCGAUGCCCCCGUCUUCCAUGGCACUUGUCCUGACACCAUUGGCUGGGCCUCAGACUACCAUCACCCCGUAACUCUCACCAAGCCCCCUCACCACCCCGAGGCCACCGGCGCUCCCUACCCGACCGGCUCCUUCAGCGCCAAGCACGACGAGGAGGUGACUACCAUUUACCGUACCACCUACCUGCCUUUGGAGCUGGCCCCGACUGGUGCUUGCAAGUGUUAGAGUAACCUAACAUGACAAUUUACACUGACAAGACUCUCCACGACUAAUUAACAAACGGCCUUGACGUGAAAUCUGUGGUCGAAACCGGGAAACGGAAAACCGGGAGGAAAAUCGGGGGUUGUUGCAGCUUGCGUCGUCUCCUUUGAGGCAAAAAACUUUCUUGGACGUUGGUGGUUUGGUGUAAUACUUUUUGGGCAGCAGAGAAGAAAAAAAUGGAACUGAGGUUACGAAGUGAAGGCCGAUGUUCGAAAUCACUUCAGUACCCUUCUCCCCUUGAGGCCCUCAACUCACCCCGCAUCAAGCCUACCGCGUCUUCCUUUUCUCUUUGUGUGUAUGCGCUUCACUUCGUAAUGUCUAAAUGUCUCAUGACAACUAUUAAAAAAGAUACCAUC